UAGGAUAUUGGUUGUUAGCUCCAGCGCCAGAGCUGGAAGGCUGCCCCACUCUCAUCAUCCCCUGUCUCACGAGUCGCGACUCUGCAGUAUGUGCUUUGCAACGUGAAUGAUGAUCAAGGCAGCGGCAGCAGAGAAGCGGAAGAAUAUCCCCAAUGAGAGAGAGCUCAUACUUCGUCCGUUGAUUUGGAUGGACGGUCCGUACCAUGGAAGUUCUCCGAGAUGACAUUUGCACGGCAAUUCAUAUACAAAUUUGCGGCUCGCGGGAUCUGCUCCAAGCAGCCACUAUUCGGGAAAACAUGAUCAACAAUAAUCCAUGAUAGAAGGGCACGUCGUUUGGCAAUCCUUCUACAGAGUAAUCAACCUCCUCUUUAAGCUGACUCUACUCCAUGCCCUCUGAUAUACUCGAGUACAAACUACUCAUACAACCAAGUUUGCAAGCAGGGUUAUCGCAGUGGGCCAAUUUGCCCGCUCCCCUCAUUCUCCCCCUUUUUCUCCCUGACUACUACGUACUAGUUAGUCUAGCCAAAUGUUCCAUUCUACGUUCUUCCCUCCCGGCCGUUUCAAACGACCAGCAGCACGCUGUGAAGCGAACCAACCAACAGAAGCUGAUGAGCUUCCAUCCCCGACCGUCCACCAAUCAGGCCACCGUCGAUCUGAUGAUCAAUGGCUUGGCCCGUGUUGAACCGCCGUCUUGCUUGCUGAUCCAGACAAUCCCACUGUCUGACUUUUUGCUGGACGUCUGUCCCUCUAGCCAUGCAUAUCCAUAUAGUAUGAUGUUGUAUAGCGGGAAAAGCAGGAAACAGAAAAUCAGCAAGCGGUGGACCACUUGUCGACUCGUAAUUUCGCUGCCCACAACAUACUCUAGAUACUCAAAACCCCUCCACAUCUGCAUCCAACCUACUCACAUCUCCUGUCCCGCGCUCCAAAUGCCCCCCGCUCAUCCCUGAACGUGAGGGAAAACUCACGGGGCCCAAUGUGGGAUGGAAAACCCAAGUCGUCAAGGUCAAAAGGCACCGAUCAGGUCAGGUGCACCGCGUUGAUAUACGCGAGAGUAGCCUGCGACUC